AUGUCUAAAUUGAGGAAUGAAAUGGUUGAGGAAAAAGGAUUUGUGAUGCUGCCAGUAACAUCAGACAUGCUCGAGGGAUUUAAUUCUUCAAAGGAAAAUACUAGUGCUAAUCGAUCUUCUUCUCAGUCGCCAGUUGAUGAGUCGAAUUAUUCCAAGGGCCUCAAUUCUUUGAAGAUAAUGAAGACUGGAUCGUCUUCUUCAGCCCCUGGUUCUGUAAUUGAAACAAAUGAUGGCAAGGGCAUUUUGGGAAAAUUUCCUUUUUCGCAAGCUGCUCCAGUUAAUUCAGGUACCCCUUUGGUCUUUGAUGAUAAUCCUAUUGCCCCAAUUAGUUGUCCUACUAAUUGUAAUGAUGAAGAUAUGAAAGAUUCAAUGAAUGAGAAUGGGAAUUUGGAAGUUGAUUCUGGUAAUAAUAUGAAGAAGGAACAGGGAGCUAAUUUCUUGAACAUGGAUUUUUUCGAAACCUGUUAUUUCCCCUGCAGCUAA